UCCUGACGUAGAAUAAGAUCUAGUUGAAUAUGGUCUUACAUACGCGUUGUUUUUAAUAAAGCUAUAUCGAAAGUGAUCAACCACAAACUUUAUAUAUGAAUAUUAAGUUAAAAUGAAUUAUAAAAUGGAUUGAUUUGCAGAACACUCAUCAUGUCAAGUGAAGGGCAUACGUUCAAUGACUCAGGCGUCGAAAGCGUCGGUGAUACUAAUCCCGUCACAGACAAUACAGAACCUCAGCCUAAAGAGAUUGAGAGGAUGGAUAAACCAAAACACGACGUAGGUCAAACAGGUGCGUCCAACAACGAAUCGGAAGAAAGGAGGAUAAAUGAAUCAAAACACGUCGAUGGCCAAACAUCUGUGUCUAUAAACAAAUCAGAAGAAAGAAAUAUCGAUCGGCUUACAAAUCAAAUCAAACACCUAGAAAACGAAAAAAGAGAGCUAGAACAAUGUGUGCAGGGCGCCAGAAAUGAACUAUCCAAAGAAAAAGAGAAGAAUAAAGAAGACAUGCAGCUAGUUAUCGCAGAAAAAAUGACAGCAGUAGAGAAAUCUGCAGCAGCUGAGGAAGUUAUCCAUAAGCUAAAGAGCGAUAUUGAAGACAGCACACGGACAAUUUCCAACUUAGAGGACUGCAUAAAACAACUAAAACAACAAGAAGGAGAGCGGGACAAGACCAUUAAAGAGCAGAAAGAAAGCAUAAAACAGCUGAAAAAAGAAGCAGAGGAGAAGGACAAGACAAUAAAAGUGCAGAAAGAAAGUACUAAUAAACUAAACAAAGAACUGAACGAGUCACACUCAAAAGUAAGGAUCCUCGAAAGUAGAGAAAAACAGUUACGGAACAAUGAAGCUUCCUUAGAAAUGAUCAACAAGGAAUUGAUUCAGACCAAUGACGGACAUGUAAAAAAUAUGGAAGCAUUAAAGUCAAGCUUCAGACAACAAGUGGCCCAGAUAAAAGAUGAUUGCCGCGCUUUAAGCAAAAGGCUUGAAGAAUCGGAGAACGACAAACGUACUUUGACUCUCAGGUUAAGCAAAAUAGCCGGAGCAAACCUUGCUUUUCAAAACCCGAACAUAGCGGAUUUAGGUGACCCAAAUCGGCCAACUAAGCUUGCAGAGAAGUUCAGUGAGCUUUAUGACAACCAGUGGACAGAUGCAUUUGAACAAAUAGAUUUAGAGGAUGAUCAGGAAAGAAUAAAACGACUGUUUGAUAUCUUAAAGAAUGUCAACGGGCAUUGCCUUGAUGUUUUUCGGAAUUAUGACGCUGAUGUGAAAGAAAGCCUAACAAAUCUUGCAGUUACAAGUAAAAUCAAAGAACUUAAACCCGAACGAACGCAAGAAGUUAAAAACGAUACCGGUUCACCAUCAGAAAACUGUUUCAAAAUUCCAUCGGAAAAGGAUACCACUUCACCAUUGCAAGCAGAAUCCAAAGAAGAGAUGACUGGGAAUGUGGGUCUAUGCCACACAUAUCUGUGGCACAAGAAAGAGACUGAGGAUAUAGGAGGCGGAUGCAAAAUGAUAAAAUAUAAAAACGAUAUUGAUGUGAAAUGUAUAAGCCCUGAAUUAAUGAUGGGAUCUGAGUGUACAAGACAUGUAACGGCAGAGGGAAUCAAGGAGGAAAAAGCAGAAGGAGCAGCAGAAAAAGGAGGAGAAGAAGAAGAAGGAAAAGGGUGCAAAACAGAAAUAAAAAUGGAAUCAGGUUCUUUUAAACAGACUGGACAAAAAGAAGCUGAGAAGAAAAUGGACGGUGAACUUGCAGAUGAGAAUAAUGAGUACAAUCCAGAUGUCAAAUCAGAAAGUGACUCAAAUGAGACUGCACCUGACGUUGGUACGGAUUGCAAGAAGGAAACCAACAGCGCUAAAAAAGAACGUUUUCAUGAUGAACUAGUUAAUCAGAAUUAUCAAUCUGCAGAGAUGAAAUCAGAGCUCAAUGUCAAGACGGAAGGAAACGAAUGCACUGACGAUAUAUCUCAUCAUGAUGUAGAGUCUAUAAAAGAAAAAGAGACAAAACAGGAUGAACAUAAAGAAAACGAGAUAUACUUGAAGUUUGAUUUCGAUACACUGACCAACAGCCAUAAACAUACCAUAUCUGAAAUCCGAAGAAUCGUUCACGCACAGAUGGAAGAUCAAGUUGUCAAGGCUAUUUCUCAGGCUGUGCUGGAAGAAAUGGAGCUCCCUAGAGAGACAGGGAUCGUCUCCUACGUAGAGGAAUGUGCUAAAAUAUGUUGGCUAGCGCGUUUACAUGAUCCGCCGGUUUACAUCGAGUUUGAAGAUAUUAAAGAUGACUCACUGUUUAAGGCUGAAAUGUAUAAGGCAUAUACUAAGACAGGCAAACGGCUGGAUUACGUUGUUUGGCCUCCGGUUUUCCUGUAUAAAAAUGGACCAAUGUUGAGCAAAGGUGUGGCGCAAGGAAAGUAAUUCUAAAGUCGCUAUUAUUGUGUAUAUGUUUACUUAAGGUUUAAACAGGAUACUGUUUAUAUUGUUGGUCACUGGUCAGUUCUGUUAUUGUUACUUAAACAUUGUAUAUGUGUGCUACUUAAUGCAUGUGCAUUAUUCUUAUCGAAUGAACACUGUGUUUUUUUUUUAAUUUAAUUUAGUGUUUAAAAAUGUUUAGCGGACUGCGUAGUGUUCGUUUUCAAACCAAUAUUUUCACAUGUGUUAAACAUAUUUCGUUUAUGCAAAUAUUCCUUUUGGUUAUACCAGUCUUCUAAAGGGUAAUUAUUAUAAAAAACAAAUUCAAUUUAGCUCUUGGUCAAUUUUUAAAUAUAAAACGAGUAAGCUUCUAUUUGGAAACUGAUUUUUUUUUCAAACUGCAUGCUGUUAUGUUAUGUAAUAUUAUUUCAUUAAGAGCGACUAAUGGCGGAUUCUAUAUUUAUAUGGUCUGAGUUCAAUACUAUUCCCCUAAUCCCCUUAUCCCUCAAAAUUGUAAAAUAUCUUUGAAUAGUACAUUAAUUCUUCUAUAAGAAGAGAAAUAAUGGUACAACAGGCUACAUAUGUUACAAAUACAAUGUUGUAAAGAUAAUGUAUGCAUUUUCUGCCAGACAUAAUUGCUUUAAGUAUAAUUCACAAUUUUAACAUAAUUAAAAGUUUUCGUUUGAGUUUGAGACGUUACGAAUACAGGCCUGGAACGAUCUUACAGACUCUAUGUUUCUCGACUGAUAUUAAAUGCAUACAUCUUUUCUAACAUAAUGGGCAUAAUGUCAUGAUAAAUAUCUUGUUGCACGCUGAAAAUGAAGUUAUUUUUUUUCCAUUACAUUGUUGUAAUGACUAUUGUUUUAAUGUUUUUUAACCACAAAAAAGCUCCAAAUAUCCGUAGCCUUAGGCACGUUACAUUAAAUGUGUGUAUUUGUUUAUAUUAGCAAAUUCGCUGGAGAAAAACUAAUGGUUGAUAGUUAGCAAACCCUGCUUAAGAAAUACACCUUUAUUUGAUAUGAAAAUUAAUAUAUAUUUUAAGCGAAAUUGAGAUUUCAAUGUCGGAAUCAUUAUUAUUAUUACCUUAAAAAUGUGUGUUUCGAUUGAAAGUUUCCUAUUUUUUUUUAUUUUUGAAUGUGUUUGUUGCACUUUGAUUAUGUACCACUUUUUUUUGCUUUAUUUUAUUGCUAAUCAACAACAUGUUAUAUCUGUAAUAUACUUUCAGUUACCUUAAAAUGUGUGUUUGUCAUUAAAAUUAGCCUACUGAUUUCCUUACCAAAAGUGUGUAGUGUAUUUGUCUUUUACAUUAUUUGAUUUUUAAUAUUAAUAUAAUAGUAUGCAUGUAUUUUAAUUUCUAACAUGGACAUCUUCACAUCUAUGGUGAAUAUGUUCUAUUCUUGUAAUAUACAUAUUGUUGGUUAAUCAGAAUAUAUACCAUUCGAUACAAAACAAUUUAUUAAUAUUCUUCCAACAUUUUAACAUCUGCUUUUGUAUAGUACUUGACUAUAGUUGUUCUUUCUUGGACAUGCUAGGUAUGGAGAGCUAAAGGUUUGUUGUUAGUGGCCACCGAUCUUUAACAUAGGGCACCGCCAGAUUGUCGGUUUAGUUGCAAUAAGUUAAAUUGUUAAUUGAAUGACAUUUAUGAAUGAAGUAACACUAAUAUUGACUUAAAAUUAAAUUGUUGAAGAGUAUAUCCCUUUUGACCAUAGAUGGGCAUGACCAUCAUAACAAGUUGAUAAUGUGACGCUGGAUGUAAUUUAUUUGAACCACGUCUGGAUUCAGGGAAGACAAAUAUGAUCGUUGUUUGCAUUCAAUGUGUAAACUUCAUUCAAAAGAUAAUAAAUUGGAAACUUAGUAUAAUUGAAGAGAAUUUUCCUGGGGAGUAAUUGA